AUGGUUUCAGCAUGGUCAGACUGUUUGAGUCAACUGCAAUUACAUCAUGUAAAAGAACCCAGAGGAAGGUACGUCAAUUCUGAAGACACAUCAGACAUAGUCGUAUUCGAUUCGGCAUCGGGGAUGGAUCUUGAAUUGGACAUUGCUCUAGCACAUCCCUGGAGCAAUGAAAUAGAAGGUUUUUCAGUUACAACUCAGAGAGCAGCGGCAACCAGAAGAGAAAAUCUGAAGAUCAAAAAGUACAACCAGGAGCUCUUGCCUGGAGGUUUUCGACCAACAUUUAUGCCUACAGUCUUCGAACAUUUUGGCUGUUGGGGAGAGAAAGCUGAAGACUAUUUGAAGAAACUGUCACAGCUAUCAAGAGACGAAGACGGAAGCCAAAUGCAUCAACCUUCAAGCCAUGCUGGAGAUCUGUGUUUUCUGUGUGUCUACAACGAUCAAAUGCUAGAGUAAUUGACAGAAAA